AGAGCAUUUCCGGUGACGUAACGAAACCGGAAGUUCGUGUAGCAUGACUGCUUGUUGUUGACAUUUAGCUUCCAUAGAAACACACAGUAACGCUGCUAUCCGGUACAUGUUCGUGUUUUAAAACAACGUGCGCCAAUUACCGUAUUAUACCGUCAUCUUAAUUCGGUCUUUAAUCCAUCGCUCUGUUGUCUGGUUGUCAGUUUAGUGUCCGUUGAAGCUGCAACAGAGCUAGCACAAGAGGCUAAUGGAGGAAGUCAGCUUGGAUGUAAUGGAAAGAUUUAAGUUAAACCAAUAGAGUUUAACCAUUUACUUUGCAUUUCAGCUUUUAUUGUAACGUGGUUCUUGGUGGUAUUGGUUGGGGACAACACUCAAAACAAGAUGGAAUGGAGCUGGAUGUGUUCGUGGGUAACACCACUAUCAUGGAUGAGGAGGUCUACCAGCUCUGGUUGGAUGGAUACACAGUAAACGACGCAGUGAAGGUACGAAUGGACGGAGGAGUGAUGGAGGAGUGUGAGGCGAGUGCAGAUGUUCUGCUGAGUGACACCAUGGACCAGUACAGGACUUUCCAGAUGUGUGAGCGUCUGCUGCACAGUCCAUCCAAACGCAACCAGCUACUGUUCCAGAUCCCACCUCAUCGACAAGCCAUGCUCAUAGAGAGAUACUACGCCUUCGAUGACGCAUUUGUUCGUGAGGUCCUGGGAAAGAAACUCUCCAAAGGAACCAAGAAAGAUUUGGAUGAUAUCGGCGCCAAGACUGGUGUCACACUGAAGAGCUGCAGACGACAGUUUGACAACUUCAAACGUGUUUUCAAAGUUGUGGAAGAGUUGAAGGGACCCCUGGUGGAGAACAUACGUCAACACUUUCUUCUUUCUGACAAGCUUGCGAGGGAUUAUGCUGCCAUUGUGUUCUUCGCUAACAAUCGCUUUGAGACGGGGAAAAGAAAGCUGCAAUAUCUCACAUUCCAGGAUUGCUUUCUGUGCUGGCAGCUUAUCAACAACUGGACCGUUGGGGCUGUUGAUAACAUGGUGGAAGACAUGGACGUGGAUCUUGAUAAAGAGUUUUUACAAGACCUGAAAGAACUGAAGGUUUUAAUCACUGAUAAAGAUCUGCUGGAUCAACACAAAAGUCUGGUCUGUACAGCUCUCAGAGGAAAGACAAAAGCUUUUAAUGAGAUGGAGGCUAAUUUCAAGAAUCUUUCCAGAGGCCUCGUCAACAUCGCCGCAAAGUUAACCAACACGAAAGAUGUCAGAGAUUUCUUCAUUGAUCUUGUUGAGAAGUUUAUUGAGCCGUGUCGUUCAGACCGAUGGACAGCUGCGGACAUGAGGCUCUACCUCACUCACUACAACAACUCUGCACACAUACUCGACACAUUCAAACAUCAGGCUGUGUGGGACAGAUACAUGGGCGUCAUCAAAAGCUGUAUCUUCAAAAUGUAUCACGACUGAAGCGGUUUCUUCGCUGCUCGGCCCUCGUUUCUCGUUUGUUAUCCCCCCCCCCGCUGAAGCCGUUAUCUUAGCCCUUUGGUUCGUUUCGUCAGCGGUGAUGAAUUCUGCUUCUCAGCCUCCCUGUUUGCACCCAUAGAGUCCCUGCAGUGUCUGUAAAUUUGGUUUGUAAAUAAAAUGAACAUAUUUACAUCACAAUUUCA